AUGGGUAGCAAAGCCCUUCCAGCCCCCAUACCAUUGCAUCCUUCCUUGCAACUGACAAACUACUCAUUUCUGCAGGCCGUCAACACCUUUCCAGCAGCUGUGGACCAUCUGCAAGGACUCUAUGGACUCAGUGCUGUACAGACAAUGCACAUGAAUCAUUGGACUUUGGGCUACCCCAAUUUGCACGGAUUUUCUUUCCCUGCCUUACCCUUUGCUACUCAUCUCUUUCACCCCAAACAAGGAACCAUUGCUCAUGUCAUCCCAGCCAUGCACAAGGACAGGCCCAGGUUUGACUUUGCCAAUUUGGCCAUUGCUGCAACCCAGGAGGACCCACCAAAGAUAGAGAUCAGCAAAUUGUCCCCAGACAGGAAACCUUCCAGAGGGAGGCUACCAUCCAAAACCAAAAAAGAGUUUAUCUGCAAGUUUUGUGGAAGACACUUCACUAAGUCCUACAACUUGCUCAUCCAUGAGAGGACCCAUACAGAUGAAAGGCCUUACACAUGUGAUAUAUGCCACAAAGCCUUCAGGAGACAGGACCACCUGAGAGACCACAGAUAUAUCCAUUCCAAAGAAAAACCCUUCAAGUGUCAAGAAUGUGGGAAGGGAUUCUGUCAAUCAAGGACUCUGGCAGUACAUAAAACCUUACACAUGCAGGUGAGAAUGGCCCGUUACAGGACCUUAAAGUAG